GAUUUCGGCCUUUUUAAUUAUUGAACAUUUAUUGUGAAAAUAAAAUGUUUAAAGCAGUGCGCUCCCUUUCGGCGCAUCAUUUCUUUCCAAAUCGAACAAAAUGUUGCUUUUAUAUUAAAUAUUCGGUACGCUCACUGCCCCAAAAUCGAGAAUUAAGUUACCUGGGUCAGCGUCAACAAGGUUGGAAGCUGGCGCUGAUGCAUUGGCUUAGCGGUCUGCGUUCCCGCUAUUGCAUGUGGAAACUGCGUCGUCUGCUCGGCGAUGAGUUUGAUGAGUUUGACUUUUUGGUGGGCGCUCGACAGGCGGCCACCUUGAUGAUCGAGGCGGUGCAUCAGGCGAACUGGAGCCACAUACGCAGCUGUUGCACAGAUCAGGGCGCCUGUGCCAUUUACGGACUUACACACAGCCAACGGAAGAUGCAAUAUACGAAACUGGUGCGGUUUGAGAGCCAGCAUCUGUGCCAGGUGGCGCCAAUUUCCGUGCAGCGACAACGCGAAGACGGACACAACUAUGUCUAUGCGGACAUUGUUUUCAUCGGAUUGCGUGAUAUGCGUGACUUUGCCACCUUUGGUGAGCAGCAGCAGAUGUUGCAGCAGAUUAAAGAGGUGCUGCAGCAAUCACAGAUACCAGAGCAAAUUGCACCAACACAUCGACGCAUUGUGUUGGGUGAAUUUCUGUUGACGCUGCGCAAGGAGCUAACCAAAUCUGAAGCAGAUUCACAGGGCUGGUUGGUCGAUUUUUAUAAGGUGUAUGGAUUUAAGCUCGUCAACUACAGUCCCGUAACGUUGCAGUAUCGUGUUAUUGAGUUUCUAAAACCAGUUUAAGCAAAGCCAAAAUUUGACUUCCAAAAAUGCUCACCUGCAGCAGCUAUCAAUCUGUUCGCUCAGUUUAUCAAUUAUUCAAACUCGCUACGUGCUCGCUUAACGAUCGUGUCAAGCAUCCAAAUUAACUAUAUCUCUCGGCUUCAUCCGAUAACACACGCGUCCGUUCAGCUGUGUACACCGAUGUUAACUGAAUGCAACAUACCACAAACAGCUCUAUUUAUAAUUCUUGAACCUUCCUCCCAAUAAGCGUAUAUAUAUAACAGUCGUCGCAACCAGAUCUUUAUCUAAAUAUUGACUAUAAAAAUAGAAGGUUCUUGUAAUUGUAUAUAUUAUACUAAAUUUAUAGUUUGA